AGCCUAUAAAAACCUCUCUUCACCUCCUUGUCAAAGCCCUCGUUGCUUGUAAUUGAAUUAUCUCAUUCAUUUCAUCGCUCUCUGUAUUGCGAAUUUCACUUCAUUUGCUUUCUCUUCUUGUUUCUUCAGCCAUGGAUUCUGCCUUCAACUGCGUCAUGUUUGAUUUGGAUGACACUUUGUACUCUUCAAAAGUUGGAAUAGCUGAAGGUGUCAAGAAAAACAUUGAAGAAUUUCUCGUUGAGAAAUGCGGGUUCCCAGAAAGUAAAGCGUCGACUCUCAGAGUUGAACUUUUCAAAACUUACGGCAGCACUCUAGCCGGUUUGCGAGUAUUAGGCUAUGAUAUUGAUGCUGAUGAUUAUCACAGUUUCGUGCACGGAAGAUUGCCGUAUGAUUUGAUUAAACCUGAUAUUCAACUACGCAACAUCUUACGUAGCAUCCCCCUAAGAAAGAUCAUUUUCACGAACUCGGACAGGAACCACGCAAUGAAAUGCCUGAAGAGGUUAGCAUUAGAAGACUGUUUCGAUCAAAUAAUCUGCUUCGAGACGAUGAAUCCAAAUCUCUCGAAAGCAACUCGUCCUGAUGAAUUCCCUGUCGUUUUGAAGCCAUCAAUGGACGCCAUGAAAAUUGCUCUGGAUGUUGCUCGUCUUGAUCCUCGCCGUACACUGUUUCUCGACGACAAUGUUAAAAAUAUCGCUGCUGGCAAAGCUCUGGGGCUAUGCACCGUUUUGGUUGGAAAGACAGUGAAGAUCAAAGAAUCAGAUUAUGUAAUAGAGAACGUCAACAACCUACCUCAAGUCAUUCCAGAAAUAUGGAUCAGUCAAUCGGACGGUGUUGAUGGAAGGAUCGGCCGUACCAGGAGUGAACUAGAAUCGAUUCUCAACACGACAACUGUUGGAGCAUGAUGAUCAGUUGGUUUCAAAUAGGGCCCCACGGUGUACAUAUGUGCAUAAGUGUAUGAAUAUGAAUUGUAAUAAAGUAUAGUGCUUUUAACUGUGAAUAAUUUUCAUCAAA